AUGAUUUCACUGCUUUUAAUGAUAUUUUCAUAUGCUAUUCAAUCUUUUCCCUACAGCCGUGAAUAUGUUCUGGAAUUGGUUCAACUUGCUAAAAAUUCAUACGAAAAGUAUAAUCUCGAAGGACUCUUGUAUGAGCUUGAGAACCAGUCAGGACUGAAAGCAAAAGUGUACAUGAGAGGAGAAAAGGUUAUUGUGUCGUUCAGAGGCACCACAUUUAAUGUGCUGGGGUCCGAUUCCUCGGACAACUUUAACAGAAUUGUGGAUAAUAGCUUGUUUAAGUGCUGUAAAGACCAAAGAUGUAUUGUAGAUACAAAGACUGCCAUUGAAAACUAUGCCUAUAUCUCAAAUUCUAUUGCAUUUGUAGAUCAGGUUAUGAAGCUUUUUCCGACAAAGAAAAUAGUAUUGACCGGCCAUUCCUUGGGAGGCAGCAUAGCAUCCAUAGUUGGAAGAAUUAAAAAUUUGGAAGUUCUUGCAUUUAGCUCACCUGGAGAAAGGCACAUUUCUGAUCUGUUUGCACCCGCAAGUGCAUCAAAUAUACUUCAUUUGGGUGCAUGCUCAGACACUAUUUAUACUGGAAAGUGUAGCACACAGCUUUCACCUUGCAGAAUCAUGGGGUACCAAAUAGAAACCAAGUGUCGCUACGGAAGAUCGUUUUGCAUUGGAACCAACUAUCCAGAUAGUAUUUUGUUUCAUAGAAUUGGCUUUUUACAAUAUUUGGUGGAAAACAACGAAGAUAUAAUUGAAGAUAACAACCAGGAUUGCAGCGAUUGCAUCGUGGAACGAGCACAAACCAGUAUGCUCGACAAUAUUCUCAGGCUUCUACAUACGACGUAA